AUGCGUUGGCCACGCCGCCACUCUCAACACUCGCUAGUUCCCUGGCCUCUACCCCUCACACUCCCCCCUAUUCGCUCUCAAUUCCCCCCCUUAGCCCUCACAUUCCCCCCCUCUUCUCCCCGUCAUUAUCCCCUCUUCUCCCUCUCAUUUCACCUCCUGGACCCUCUCAUUUCCCGUACUCUGUGGGUUCUCGCGGGCGCAUGGUCCACCAAGCGUCCCACACUGUCUCGCUCCCCUCUGCUGCACACCAAUGCCAGGCAUGCAACAGCAGCAGGCAGCACGGGAUGGGAGGGGCUGGAAGAGAAUGUGAGGGGCUGGAAGGGGAUGGAAUGGGAGGGGCUGGAAGGGGAUGGAGUUGGACGAAAGGUUAUGGCAGGGGAAGGAAGGGUAGGCAGGCAGGUAGGGGAGGCGGGAGAGAUGGUUACGAGGGCAUGGAGGGAAGAGGAAAUGGGGAGGCGGGAAGGAGAAUUGGGGAGGAGGGAAAGGGAAACGGGGAGGCGGGAAGGGGUAAUGGGGAAGCGGGAAGGGGAAUUGGGGAGGCGGGAAGGGGAAACGGGGAGGCGCGAAGGGAUAGGGGGAAGCGGGAAGGGGUAA